CUCACCAGUGACAAAGUACUGACUGUUCAUCCUGAGGAGGAAUUGGGUGAAAGGUGCUAAACAUGAGGACGUCUCUCCGCCACCUCCUGACAGAGGACACACGAUGUUACCUCUUGUUGUGUUCUUGCUUUGUACAGCUGUCUCAGCUUCUGCCAAAGGUGGUGCUGCAGGACCCCGGCUCAACAACAACCAGCUGUACAAAUUCAGCUACACCACAGAGGUGCUGGUGGACAAGGCCCGGGGGUCGAGAGAGGGCAGCACCGGAUACAGGAUUUCAAGUGAUGUGGACGCCAACCUGGUGUGGAGGGAUCCGAGCAACAAGGACGACCAGCUGAUCCAACUGACGAUCUCAAAUGUGAGGCUGGAGCCUGCGUCCCAUCGAUCUGCGAAGAAGAGCGUCCUCCAUGGAUCAACAGUCGAAGGCGUUAUGGGGAAAACUAAACUGGCAGCUCUGACAAAACCUUUCAUGUUGCAUCUUAGGAAUGGAAAGGCUAAAGCAUUUUAUUCCUACUGGGCUGAGCCUGUCACCAUCAAAAACCUGAAGAGAGGGCUGGCCAGCUUACUGCAACUACAGCUCAGUACUGGGAAGGUCAUCGAGAACGAUGUGUCUGGACGGUGCAUAGUCGCGUACAAGGCAGCUCAAGGUCAAGUGACGAGAACCAAGAACCUGGAGACGUGUAAGACGGCCGAGACUGGAUUCACCACACACAGUCAGGUCUUGGGUGUGAACAGGAAGUCCAGUUCUGUCACAGUGUUCACUCUUGAGGAUGGUUUCAUCCGCUCUGCCGCGGCUGAAGAAAUCCACUUCCUGGGCGUUAACGUUCGCAGAGCUGUGGCAGCUAGAGUCGUGUCCAGGCAAAGCCUCACACUGACAGGCACGGGGGCUGGACCUCUGGAAGCUGCUGGGAAAGACGCCGCCGGGGUCGUCAAGUCAAUCGAUGACAAACUGGCAGCUGUUGGUAUCGUGGCUGAGAAGUUCAAAGCCCAGUGCAAGGGUUGUCCAUCACUUUUUGAACAUUGGCAGACUGAACAGAAGCAGCUGGAGCCAGCGAGCCUGUCCAAAUCCAUGGCUCCACGCAGCUUCCUGGCCCUCAUCCAGAGCAUUCGGAAGGCGUCCAAGGACGAGAUCCUCAAAGUCCUGAAGAGUGCCAGCAAGACAUCUCUACCUCAGGUGGUGGAUGCUGUGACCUCCUCCCAAACUGCUGCGUCUCUGGAUGCCAUGCUUCAAUUCCUCAACUUCACCGACUCCAAAGGUUUGGUCCUGCAGGAGAGAUUUCUCUACGCAUGCGGCUUCGCUUCACAUCCCAAUGAGAGGAUGCUCCAGUCUCUGCUGGACAUUUCUAAAGGAAAGAUCGGCAGCCCUGACAUUAAAGAGUCGGUGGUGAUCAUUAUGGGAGCCCUGAUCCACAAACUGUGUAAGAAAGGAGAGUGCAACCUACCGGCCGUGGUGCAGGUGAAGAGGCUGAUUUUGGACGGCCCUGACAGCACAAAGGUGGCAUCCGAGGUGCAGAUGUACCUGCUGGCUCUGAAAAACUCUCUGCUCCCCGAGGCCAUUCCCAUCUUCACCAAAUAUGCAGAGUCAGAGGUGGGAGCCUACAGCACCAUCGCCCUCACCUCCCUGCAGAGAUACGACAUCGAGCUCAUGACCGAUGAGGUGAAACGGACAGUGAACAGGGUUUACCACCAGAAUCGACGCAUCUACGAGAAGAACGUGCGAGCUGCUGCUGCGGACGUCAUCCUCAGUAGCAACCCGUCCUACACCGAGGUCAAGAACCUGCUCCUGUCCAUCGGAAACCUGCCUCAUGAAAUGAACAAGUACAUGUUGUCUAAGAUCCAGGACAUUCUCCGCUUCCAGAUGCCUGCCAGCAAAAUCAUACGCCAAGCUAUGAAGGACAUGAAUUCCCAUAACUACAACCGGUUUGCUAAAGUUGGGUCAUCAUCUUCCUACUCAGGAUUCAUGACUCAAUCUGCUGACGUGACGUCCACAUACAGUUUGGACAUCCUGUAUUCAGGCUCUGGGAUCCUGAGGAGAAGCAACAUGAAUAUUUAUGGUGCUAGUAAAGGAGCAAUGCUACAUGGACUGCAGGUGGCAAUUGAGGCGCAGGGUCUGGAGUCGCUGAUCGCUGCCACACCCGACGAGGGAGAGGAAAACCUGGAGUCGUUUGCCGGAAUGUCGGCGCUGCUGUUCGAUGUCCAGCUGAGGCCCGUCACAUUCUUCAAGGGCUACAGUGACCUCAUGUCCAAAAUGUUCUCCAUGACCGGGGAUCCCAUGAACGUAGUGAAGGGUCUCAUCCUGCUGACUGACCACUCUGAGGUCAUCCAGCUGCAGUCUGGUCUGAAGGCCAAUGCAGAGUUUCAAGGAGGGUUAGCGAUCGAUAUCUCUGGAGGCAUGGAGAUCAGUCUGUGGUACAGAGAGUCCAAGACCAGCGUCAACAACAGAGGAGCGCUCGUGGUCACUGGUAAUGUUACAGUGGACAUGGACUUCAUGAGAGCAGGUGUGGAGGUCAGCUUUGAAACAGAGGCCUCGCUGGAUUUCAUCACCACUGUCCAGUUCUCUGAAUAUCCCUUCUUGGUGUGCAUGCAGAUGGACAAAACUACCUUCCCCUACAGUGAACACCUGACCAGAUAUGAAAGCCUGUCAUCAGGUAAGAACGUGAUGACGCGCAAGAGCAAGAAGCAGCUGCUCCCCGGCUCUGAAUUCCCUCUUCACCAGGAGAACUCGAACAUGUGCAAGAAGAUUUUUGACUCCAGCUGGUAGAGACAGCACGCGCUGUGUCCAGGAGCUAAUGUUCACUCAGAGAGGAUUCAUUGCAUUCAGACAGCAUAGCACACCUCAGCCUCCAGCAGUGAAUGACUGCAAGAGGGGAAAUUGGUGAAUGUUUUUUGUAACAACACAUGCUGUGUUUACAUUCCUGUGAGUAUUUAAGUGAUUUUAAUUUGACCUUUUGUUUGAAAUCGGGAAUUCUUGCAUUGUCUUUAUAUGGAUUUCUUUGAAAAUGUAUUUAUGACAGGCACAUACUGAAUGUUUUACUUGAUGUGUAAUACUCAGCACGAAUGGUACCAAUGUAAUUUUUCCCCAGCACAGCUACAGUGAAGAUGUAGAGUGCAUGUAAAUAUCACACUGGAGAUAAUGAAUUAACUUCCCCAUGAACAGAAAUUCUCUUUUUAGUUAACAUUCCUUUGUUUUUUAAUUAAAUGUAUUUAAUGUGGAGGAGCAGUUCAGUGUUUUAUUUAUGCAUUCAUCAUCUAUCUAUUCAUCCAUCCAUCUGUCCAUCUAUCCAUCCAUCCAUCCAUCCAUCCUUCCUUCCUUCCCCUUUUGUUGGCAGAUGAAAAUUAUAUCUAUAAAACAAUGAAUCCAUCAACACUUGAAACUAUUUUUUGUACAUUGCUGCACCAGCUGAACUUGUGUUUCCAUAUUUAGGGAUCCGUUUGUUUGAUUUGUAAUCGACUGACAAUAAACAUGAACUGGAAACACUUGGAAAUA